AGAGCUAGAUCCCAAAAGCAAUCCCAGAUAUGUCAUCACCACAGCCAGAAUUGGAAGGGGGGGAGACAGGACAGAGCCAGCUCCUGACUACAGUGUUUGUGAAGGAAAUGGAGCACCAAAAAGAGGUGCUGGGUAAACUUUUCCAUGUUGACAAGACGACUGAUAACUUGGCAGGAGAAGAGGUGGAGGAGUGCACGGCGAAGCUAAAGACUUUACACCUCAACACUAACUCAGCCCUGGCCAAACAAACAGAGGGCAGUCCAGCACUGAGGACUUCCCUGAUUGAACGAGUGACUGUUAAGCGCAACACAAAGAGGGAUAUUGAAUUGAAGAUUGCACAGCAAGAGCUAUGCCUGAUGAAGAGCAGGUCAGAGGUUAAGAAGAUGGACAGGGCUGUUGUAAGAAAAGAGCGAGAUGUUGAGGAGCUUGAACAAAACCUUGAGGUAGAGACUGCUGUCUUUAAACUGAUCUCUGGGAGGCGUGACAAGAAAUCCAUGGAUGCCAGAACAGUUUUUGAAACAGAAAACAAGUCCAAACUGGAGAUAAACUCUGUGAUUGAGAAGCUGACUGAUGAAAUAGGGACCACAGAAAGUGAAAUUGCCAAGCUUGAGGAUAUCCUGAAUGAACAUAAGCGAUACCAGAGCAUUCUGUUCAAGCUGUCGCCUCCGGAGUGGCAGGAGGCCCAGAGGGCGGAGACUUUGAAAGCUCAAGUCUUUUUUGAUGGAGACACUCAGGAUGAGCUAAUCAAGGAGCCUGACAAGUCGGCAGUCAGGCGGAGUGUUGAGUCCAGUCCAUGUAGAGUGCCGCCUUCCACCAGAGAGUCCACGCUGUCCUCAACCCACCACGACACACUUGUCACUAAUUCCAAACUGGAUGGCUCCAGAUAUGAGGAGAAGCUGAAGCUAUACUUCAGUGACCCCCAGCAGUUACUGGAUUUGAUGAUGGAGUUGACAGAUCAGAGCCUGUCCCUAAUCAGCAACUCUUCCAGGGGGGAUGAGAUGGUGGAUGAGCUCCGGCAGAUCAUCGAGGCUAGCUUCAAGGAAAUGAAAGAAGAUGACGAGAAGCUAACAUUGCAGAUAGAUGACAUGAGGGACAGAAUUGACACAGAGAAGGAGAGAGCUGCCAACCUCAAAAAGAGGGUUCAGCUCCACAACUCGUUGAAGAAAGAGGACCAGGAUGUUAUGUUGGAUGCUCUGGGAGUGAAAGUGACAGAGGUGUAUCGCAGCUGCGUGAGUAGGUGGGCAACCAAUCUCAGCACCUUGAAUAAGCUGGCCAGUGUCGAGAACUUGAUGACUUCACUUCUCCAGUACGUUGAGAACAUGCCUGAAGAAGACUUGAAGACACUGAGACAGAUCAAGGACAGUCAAAAGAGGAGCAGACUGCUUGCAGAAAAGCUGAGACUGGAGAUGGAGAAGCAGAAAGAAAGGCAAAAGAAGUGCAUGCAAAGAUCCCUGGGUGAAGCCAAGAAAAUAAGUGGUAGAAAGCUGAUGCCCAGAUGCAUCCCUGUUGAGCAGAAGAUCAGAGUCAACGAUGAGGACAUCAUUCCUGCCGAGGAUGAACUCCAUGCCUACCUCUUCAGCAACGAGGAUGUAGAGUAAGAAA